CUGAAUGGCCUGCUGUUAUUAGAGGCGGGAGCUCUGUGUGGAGCCGGGUGGAUGAUUAGGCAAUACACCUGGCUGUCAAGAUAAAUUCGCCUACCUGUCACUUCCUGCUAUCAAACGUUACGACCUUGGCUUCAUGUUCGGCUCAAAGGAGGAGUAACCCCGCAGGACACUGCUGGGAAAGCACCGCUUUGGUUUAAUUAACCACCGCGGCUGGACACGUUUUAACGUGAGCUCAUAUUGUCGUCUAUAUUGAUACAGCAGCAGCGAGGGACUCUGCCUGGCGGAAAGGCAUGGAUGAGAGGUUAUGUGUGCCCCCCAGCUAAAGGCCUCUGUCGCCCUGACCUGUGCAUCCCACCAGUUCCUCUGUGAGCAUGUAUCGCAGGAACGGGCUCUCGGAUGGCACCAGCAUCAAUUCCAUCACCUCAGAGGCCAGCAGCAGCUCUGAUUCUCUGGAUGGACCUUGUGUGGACUACGCCAAAAGCUACGAUGCAGUCGUCUUCGAUGUGCUGAAGGUGACUCCUGAGGAGUUUGCUAGCCAAAUCACCCUGAUGGAUGCACCAGUCUUCAAAGCAAUACAGCCAGAGGAGCUGGCCAGCUGUGGAUGGAAUGGGAAAGAGAAACACAGUUUGGCCCCCAAUGUGGUCGCAUUCACACGCAGGUUCAACCAGGUGAGCUUUUGGCUGGUGAGAGAAAUCUUAACUGCCCAGACGCUGAAAAUCCGAGCAGAAAUACUGAGCCACUUUGUCAAAAUAGCAAAGAAACUGUUGGAGUUGAACAAUCUUCAUUCUCUGGUGUCGGUGGUGUCUGCUCUGCAGAGCGCCCCCAUCUUCAGACUCAGCAAAACCUGGGCGUUGAUCAGUCGGAAAGACAAGGCCACAUUUGAGAAGCUCAACUAUCUGACAUCCAAGGAAGAGAACUACACCUGCAUGAGAGAAUACAUCCGCUCCCUGAAGAUGGUGCCCUGUAUUCCUUACCUUGGGAUCUACCUGUUGGACAUGAUCUACAUUGACUCAGCCUAUCCUGCGUCCGACAGUAUAAUAGAGACGGAGCAGCGGACCAAUCAGAUGAACAACCUUUUGAGGGUCAUCUCCGACCUGCAGAUGUCAUGUAACUAUGAUCACUUGGUGACUCUGCCACAUGUCCAGAAGUAUCUGUUGUCAGUUCGCUACAUAGAGGAACUCCAGAAGUUUGUUGAGGAUGACAACUUCAAGCUGUCCCUGAAGAUUGAACCUGGCAACAGUUCCCCUCGCAUCGCUUCUUCCAAAGAAGACCUGGCAGGUCUGUCUGAGGUAUCUGCCUCUCUGAGGUAUAACCGACGGCCUACCUGCCCUGAUGCCUCUGUAGGGGUUCAUAUUCCCACCCCCCCUCCUUCUCAUCACAGGAAGAGCCAUAGUCUGGGAAACAACAUGAUGUGUCAGUAUGGCAUGUCAGAGAGCAGGAGUGCCACAUUUCCCAUAGAGAAAGCUCGACACCUGCUGGAUGACAGCUUCUUAGAGUCUCAGAGUCCAGUCAGAAAUGAUCCACACAGUACAUCUGUCUCCAAUGGCCUGUCAUUAGGCAGCAGUGAAAGCUCUUUUGGGGAGGAGCUGUCACCUGGAAUGGAGAGGGGCCGCAUGUACGCAACACUGGGCCCCAACUGGAGGGUCCCGCUUCGCAACUCCCCCCGGAGCCGCAGCUAUGUUUACAGCUCCUCUGCUGCCAACUCCUGCUAUGGAUGCAGCGAGGCCGGCAGUGUGACAAUUGAAGGACCCCUGCGAAGGAAAACGCUGCAGAAGGAGGGACGGAAGCCAAGGUUGUCGUCGUGGACCAGAUUUUGGAUCACGUUGUCUGGAUCAACACUAACAUUCUAUGGGGCGAAAGCAUUGAGGGCCUCUGAGAGGAAACAUUAUAAAUCCAGCCCCUGUAAGAAGGUGUGUGUGACUGGGUGGAUGGUGGUUCUACCAGAUGACCCGGCCAGACCCAACAUCUUCCAGCUCAAUGACCCAGACAAAGGCAAUGUUUACAAGUUCCAGACAGGAUCCAGGUUUUCUGCAAUCAUCUGGCACAAAAACCUGGAGGAGGCUUGUAGGAGCAGUAGACCUCAGAUACCAGCAAACCUCAUGUCAUUUGAAUGAGAGCAGACCUUACCCAGCAGAAUGUUAUUGUGCCAAACCCAUUUGAUUGGGAAGUAACAAAAUGAUGGAACACAAAAAAAAAGUUAAGAAGCAUCUGACACUGUAGAAGAUGUUUUUUGGUACCAGAUGUGCGACUGCAAAUGCCAACACACCUGCUGUUUCCUUCACCAAUGUAAUGUAAACUCUGAAAAAAUCCAGUCAGUGGAAGACUUUGGUGAGGCUGUCCCUUGUUUCUUUCUCUGAAGCUUCCUUGUUCACUGUCAUCGUUACGCUGCUAAAAACAAGUGAGCAAGUACAUAGUUUUUUUGGCCCAUGUUGGGUUCUGCUCGGUGAAAAGAUGCACCCGUGCACAAAUGUGGACAAAGACUGUUAGUCUACCUUUUGUUUGCAGACCAGUGUUAUACGGCCUUCAACGUGGAAAUUGGAAAAAUACACCCCUGUUGUUCAAGUGGUUAAAUUUGUGAAAGUGACAUGUCAGUGCACAUCUCAACUUGUGAAAAGAUCUGGAGUUGUGAGCAUGGAAACCGUGACCCCGUUUGAAGGCCUCAUUAAAGAUCAGCACUGCAGCAAAAAGGACAGAUGUGGCAUAAAGUUGGACUGAAGUUGUUCCAAAAUAAGAGAACACAUAAUAUAAUAUGAAACCAUAAAGCUGGCACUAAGAACCUGUGUUAAAUUGUUGGUCAAAUGAAGAAGCAGCCCUGGAUCGGCUCACCUGUUCACCCCUCGCUACCUCAAUUGGUAGUCCUCCUGUCGCUGGUGUUUGCUGAUGUACAUAACAAGGUUUACAAAUAGCAACAAUUAAUAUUUUGUACAGAACAAGUCAAAAUUUGUCAAACAACAUGGAAAUGAGGCUGAAUGAGGUGAUAAUUACAGUCUAUAAUGAAGAAGACAGCCAGCUGUUGUCCACACCAGUUUGCCAAGGCAGCUGGUAGAGUGAAUUUAAAGCAAUUUACAGUGAAGUACCAAGCUAACAAUCAACAAUCAUGUGUGUGUAAAUACUGUAUUUAUUUGUAAAAGAGUUUAUUUUUUUGAAAGUUGGCCAUCAAAGGGAAAUAGUACAAUGGAUUAUCUUUGAUUCACCACCUGCUGCAAAAGCUGCUCCUCAGAGUGACUCUUGGUGGAAAGCCACCCUAAAACUUAGCUUGACUCCUGAUCUCCAACUGAAGGACACUGGCAUAAGGGAAGACUCCGUCUGCAUCAGCACUGUUAAAUAAUCUGCAUCAAAAGCAAAAUGUUGUGUUAAAUUUAAAGGAUAAUUCUGCUUUAUUACAAUUUGGGUUGGACUUUAUUUUCAUAGGUUUCAUUCCUAUCAGUAAACUUGAUUGGUGCCACUUCUGCGGUAAUGUGUGUUUUACCGCAGUGGUGAAUCAACAGUGGUGAGCCUGAAGUCAAGACCAGUCUAUUCACUGGUCGAUCUAUGUAUGGGUUUUGCAUUAUUACCAAAAGAAUGUGAUUGCGGGUACAAGAAGCCGAAAUGAAUUUCCUUGGCAGGGAAUGUCACCCUUAGAUUUUGGAGGACAUCAUAAGUGUUUGUUUAUGACAGAAAAUAACUAGUUUGGACAACGCGUUGUACAACCAUGGCCAGAGGCAAAAGUGGUAACUGUUGCUAAUGGCCAGCGGGCCAUCAGAGAGUGGAGAGACAUGAUAUUGUUUAAAUAAGGGGAUAACCAAACAUUGUUGUUUACAUAAGAAGUGAUAAAAAGAAAUAGUUGUGUAAUGAAUGAAAAAAGAGAGCUAGAGAGAGAAGUUCAAACCCUGCCUCCUUUCUCACCCCCACAGUCUCUGUGUGAGGUGGGUGUAAGUGUUGGAUUGCCAGUUUCAGUGACUUACAGAAAUUGUUGGACACAGCCAAAAUUGGAUGUGUGUGUGUGUAGGGGGGGGGGUGUGUCUCCAGAGCUGUUUGACUGUCUGACAUGCAGUUCUGAUGAAGUAUACUGACAUCUUUAUGUUUCACUGGAAGUGUUGCAGGAUGGUUGAACAGAGUUUGAAGGCCCUCCCCCCACACCUUUCUCCUGUUGGAAUUAAUUUUGGUAACUUUCCUAAACCGACAAUCCAACAAUAACGGCCACAUUAUGCAGUGAUUGUCCAGGUGUGUGGAGGUGUGAAAGAAGGCAGGGUUUGAACUUCUGACUUCAGUCAGCACCAUGAAUGCCUCAGAGAAGAAAUUGUUAAAGAAAGUGUCAUCAUCUCAUCAUUAUGCUCAUUUGUACAGUUUAUCUACGGCCACCAUGACUAGGUGGAUGGAUGGAAGGGGACACAGCCACAUCACUGAAAUUAAGUCUGAAGGGUUAUAAAGACAAAAUUAUCAGGAAGUGAAAAUGAAGGUGAAAAGAACAGUUUUCCCCAACUUUGUACAUUGUCAUAUCUGAUAGAAACAAUCGCCAGAGCUAUGAAAAUAAGAUCCAACUUGUAAUACAGGAAUGAUCCUUUAAGAGCAGAACUGACAUGAAGUUAAACAUUUACUAAUAGAUGUCAUUUUUGUAAUGUUUCCCUGUUGUAAAUCAUGGUAACUGGUCAGUCCUAAUGGUAAAAAACAAGAAUGAAAUCAUCUUUUGUUAGGAGUAAUCACAGAUUCUUAAAAGUAUGUUCUUUGUUUUGUUUUUCAGAACUCAUUCAAGGAUUGUCCUUAAUUGUUUUUAGUGGACUUCUUUAACUAGUCCAAUUUAUUCUCCAGUAUUAUUGUCUGUCUUCAGAUGAAUGCAUUUUCACAGCUAAUCAUUCUGCAAAUCAUGCUGCUGUGUUUCAUAAAUUAGAAUUCACUGUU